AUGACCACGACAAGCGAUGCCGCUUUCGCCCGCCGAGGCAAAAAUUCCGAAGUGCCUUGCGAACAUGAGGUUCAAGAUGAUGACGACGGAAUAAAACUGAUAGUGGACGAGCAUGCUAGUUCUCAUUUCAGCGAUAGUAGAACCGCUUCUGUCACCACUCAACAGAGUAGCACCGAUGAAGAUGUUGCCGGUUUUGAAGAUUUCCCG